AUGCUCGCUCUUCAUGAUGUUCUUCUCGUUUACCUAGCAGCAUCUGUCUCACUUGCACGUAAUGUAGACCAUGUGAGUACCCAUUCAUCGUCUUUCUGGAGCAAAAAAGGCAUUUCAGACAGAGUUUCUGCAAAAGUAUGGGUACCUGCCACGUGGCAGCAAUCAGCUGAGCUCGGAAACUCUCACCGAAGCACUCAAAAGCAUGCAGAGAAUGGCUGGAUUGGAGGAGACGGGAGAGUUGGACGAGCGGACGAAACGGAUGAUGGAACGACCGAGAUGUGGACAUCCGGAUGUCGAUUCGGAAAAGUGAUCGGGGGAAAGAGGUGGACAAUCUGACGACAGAGUGCUUUUUAGGGUCAGUCGGAGCAAGAGGUAUGCACAACAGUUCAAAUGGCAAGACAAAGUGAUCACAUACGGGUGAGUACAUAGAAGGCUUUUUCUCUCGUGAUUAUGUGUUCUUGUUGGGUAGUUUACAAAUGACCUGUGCAUUCUUUUACCAAUAACUUUUUCACUAACUCAUCUUGAGAAUAUGAAGCUUGAAGUUUACGAAAGCGACAGAUUCGUACUCUUAGUUGUCUCGCCUAUCGAGAUUUCUCACUGAUUUCUCACCGCUCGCGAAGAGAGAAGAGGAAAUGCGCUUCUUCGAACCCACACUCAAAAUUUCUAGUUCAAAUCUGAAUUCCAGUGUAGUUCCGACGUGAAAAUCUGGUCAUUUUUCUCCCAAAAUGAUUUUUGAAAUGUACUGACCAGUCUAGCGAAGACUUGGUUUGCGAGAACAAUAGGAGGGGCCAGAAAUGCAGAGUAUAAUCUGAAUGACGUCAUAUCGAUGAAAGUAUCAGUUCCAACAUGAUCAUUUUCGCCGCAACCACUCCACACACUUACGAAUCGACCGUCUCUCCCACCCAUUCGUCUUCUUUCUUUCCUCCUUUCCUUCUCACUUUACACCCUCGUCACCCUCCGUCCACCACCAUCCGUAUAUCAAAAGUGUGGUGUGUGUAAUCGGAAUAACUUUCUCGCUGCUCACCACAGACGACCGCCAGCUCCAAAAAACCACGAGCAUUGUGAGCGGGCUGAUCGGCGAGACGCAGACUUUCGCCAGGCUCUCCGUCCGAUUCGGCGGUCCGUCGGUCCAUCCGACUGCUGCUCGCCGCUUUAAACUCGCCAGCUGCCCUUUCUCUCCGUCCCCCCGUCCUCCGAUCUCUUUCUUUCCAAAGUCUGCCGUCUCUCUGAUCUGCCGUUUCUCUCGAUUCGCCCGACUCAAGCUCCGCCCCUUUUAGACCAGCAGUGCCGACCUCUUUCGAUCGCUCGACUACUCACUCAUUCCCCCCAUUCCUCCGCCGCUUCUCCUUCUUCUUCUUCUUCUACGUCUGUCCUGCCAAUUCCUUUCGUUCCGAGACUCCUCGAUCUGCUCGUUCUGCUGGUUGUCAUGCAGAUCACAAAACGCAUCACAACCUCCAAGAAAGAGUAGAUCGGCCACGUCUUGAGUUCCAUCCGGGUAUGACAAUUUGAAAAUGUGUGUGUGAAGAGGGAGUGUAAGGGAAGGCACAAUAGAAUAGUUUACACCAACUGCCCACUCUCAUGAGGCUACAACGGACAUGUGGUACGUGACGGACGGAAGCACAUCGAUUGAAAGUUCCAAAGAAUAUUUGAUGCUGUUCGUGCAAUGCCAUCAGUUAAAAUUCAAAUCAUAUCAAGGCCAUCGCCGUCAUUUCUGUUUGUCUUCUGACCGUUUUUCGUGUGUCCCUUUGUGAACCUUUGAGAAGUGAAAGCUUCUGUUUGCGAGACAUGCGAAUGUUAACAGGUGCAAGAGCGUCGGAACGUCCACCAGGGUCACAUUGGACGAUCUACGAAGGACUAUGCAUCAGGCGGCAGGGCAGUGGAGCGAACUUGCAGAUGUCGAGAUAUUGGAGACAUCGGAAAAGAGCCCGAUGAUUCAGAUAUCUGCAGGGGUAACUGAAGAGGACUGGAACGGGCUAGUGAAGGGAAUGAUUGCAGAGGUCCCAGCAUUAUCCGUGCACAGUUCCGUUUGACACAAUGACUCUGGCGCACGCGUUCUUUCCUCCGCAUGGUCAAAUUCAUAUCAACGACAAUAUUCGAUUUGCGAUGACGAACUUCACAGAGAGAACGGGCGGUGAGAGGAUGAAGCGAGCGGAAAGAUCACUGGGAACUUGAACUUGCAGGCAACUCCCUGUACUCCGUCGUCGCUCACGAGAUGGGGCAUGCUCUCGGAUUCAGUCACAGUCCGGACAGUAACAGUGUGAUGUUCGCGUACGACACUCCGAGAAAAUGGACGUUCACUCCGAUGGACAAGUACAGAAUGCAAGUGUACUACGGUAGAUUAGAGACAGAAGGGAAAUUAGGAAUUCCUUGGUUUAGGGACGAAGAAAGGGGCUCCGAAGCCGAAGCAAAACGAAGAAAAGGAAAAGAAGACAGAGGAAAGCGAAAGAGAACGAGACAGGAACAGAGUGAAAGUGAAAGAGCGGGAACACGAAAGGGACGAUAUCCGACCGGACGAAUGCAGAGUCGAGAAUCCAGUCGUCGUGCUCUACCGGGGAGAAUAUCUGGUAUUCAAGGUACCACUUCUGCAACACAACUAUCAGAACGAACACACCUUCAGAGUCAAUGGGUUUGGCGUGUCUCUUCCGACUGGAAACGACUCAUUUCGAAGGCGGUCGCGAUCGAUCAAUUGUUCCCCGGACUGCCGAGUUCGAUUGACGCGGCAGUGACUGUUGAACAGAACCUUUGGGUGUUCGUAGGUAAGUUCGUUCUCAGAAGAACAUGUAGACAAUAUUCUCGGCAGGCGAAAAGAUAUACGUGAUCAGUGGAACCCGAAUGCUCCAUGCUCCCUUCCAUCUCUCUGAAAUUGGAAUUGAUGAGAAGUACGUGGACUUGGCGUAUGAAUGGCAUUAUUUCAAGUAAGUCAGCCUGUAUAUAUCGAAUGUGAAUGAAGAGAUUUCAGUCCACCUGCUAUAUACAUCUGGAAAGGACUGAAGUACUGGCGGUUGGACGAGAAAAUGUACUAUCGGAAAGUGGACGAGAGGUAUCCGAAAGACAUAGAAUUGAACUGGGCAAGAGUACCGAAAGGCGCACAUUCUGCGUUUACUUUUCAAAAAGGUUCGCACACGUUCGACUCCUUCAAUUCGGAACAUUCCUUCAGAAAUCCAUUUUAUCCGCGGUGAUCAACUGUUUCGAAUGAACUCCUCCCGUUCCGUUUUCGACGUCGCCGAUGGGUUCCCGGUUCCGUUCCGCUCUAUUUUCGGCUUCUGUCCUCGGAAUGAGCGGCUCGUUUUGAAGGUUUCGUCCUCCGUAACAAAUCGGUUCCCUUAUCUGCUUCUCAUUCUGAUCUUUCCGCUUUUUUGUUGAAAUUUCCUUCUGAACUACGGCAACUUCACUUGUAACUACACGAAAUGGGUAUAUAGCGAACUUGAUGGUGACGAACUGGUGAAUUUUAUAAACUUUUAUGUACAAGUCCCGUGUUCUGUUUUAAGUUCCAAAAGAAACCGACAAACAAUGGCAGAGGACGAGGAAUAUGGCAACAUUUUUGAUAAGACGGAAGACACUUCUCAUUGCGGUUGUCUUCUGCAAACUUCGUUAUCGUUUGGCAGUUUUUAAAUGAGUUGAUAUAAGUGUCAUCCGAAAUGUCAUGGAAUCGGAUGGAAUCGGAAUGAAGCAGUAAACAGAUAACGGAGUUCGUGUAACAGAGGCCCGAUGAGUAGUGUCUUCCGUCUUAUCAACAAUUUUGCCGAACACACUCCUCCCCUCCCUUCUCCUCCUUCUUCUGCCCAUUCAGAUCAGCGCUCAAUGCGGUCCAGGAUUCAUAUACGACGAAGAGAGGAACAAGUGAGUGAAUGCUCCCAUCUGCCAGUCUUUCCCUCCGUUCAGGUGCUUUCAAUUCUUCAAAGCAGCAGUCGAUUACGAGUCGGCCGAGUCCAUUUGUGCCACUUCCAACGGACAUCUUGCCUCCGUUCACAACACAAUCGACAACAAUUUCUUGGCUCAAAAGGCCCAGACAUACAUUUACUCGGACGGUCCUGUCUGGCUCGGCGCGCAGGCUUCUUCCUCAAUCGUCACGAACCCACAAAACUGGCAUUGGACCGAUUCUACUCCAUUCGACUACCAGAACUACCGAUCCGGACAACCGAGUGCGCUCAGUUCGGCCGCCUGCAUGCAGUUCCUCGUGGGUAGUGCCAAGUGGUUGACUGCCAGUUGCAACAACGUUUUCCCAUUCAUUUGUGCGUAUGAACCAACGACUCCGUCUGCUACAACUUGUCCCCCACAGAGUAUGCAAAAUAUGUCAGUAUGUCCCAACUCAUUUUCUUCUCUUUAGAUGGGAAUCGUUGUCCCUCCAAGUACGUCUGGUUCAACGUGACUGACUCUUGUUAUAAAGUGAGUGCAUCUUUAUUUUAUUGAUCGAAAACACCUGAACCUUCAGACGGUUGUCGGAUUCCAUAACUUCACAGAAGCCAAUACCGCUUGUCAGCAAGACGGGGCCCAGUUAGCAUCUGUUCACAGUCAAAUCGAAAACGACUUUCUUGCUUGUAAGUGCUUUAUUCUCCGUGGGCAUGACAAAUCUGUGUGUUGCAGCAAUUUCGAAGACGGGAUUGAAUUCAACAGACGUGGAUCACGUGAACAGUGUCAGUUUGUCCAAUCCAUGA